GGAAGUGAUGAUCUCUUUAUUAUUUAUUUUAUUCAAUUUAUUACUAGUCUUUUUCUUCCCUUCAAACAAAGCUUUUACACAUCCAGAACCCAAAAUUUGGAUUUGCGAGGGGCACAUACUUUUCCCUUCAUUUCUGCCCAAACAACAAUUUUUAGAAUAUAAUUGGGAACAACAAUUACAGCCAUAUCAAGGCAUAAUUUAA